AUAGGAAUGCGGUACAAGCUAAGGAGCAUGCCCAAGGGGCUACUACGCUCACCGCGCACUUGAAUCAUCACGUGGCUGCUCAAGCAAGCUAAGCUUCACACAGCCCUGAGGAAGCCAAAAGACCCUCUCUAAAUGGAAUGAUUACAUCUACUGCAAAAAAAACUCCUCUGGGCGUCUGAAAUGACAACUUGACAUGAAUGGAAUCCAUUUAUUGAGCUGCCCAAAUUUUAAGUUGAUGUGUAAUGUGAAUAACAUAUAAUAGAGUCCACAACUUCCGAUUCCAAGUGCAGAGACGCAGAUCAAAGAGGAGCAAGGAAUUAACCCUAAUAAGGUGGAAUAUAAUUCAUUUCAGUUGGCCUGUAUAAAUUAGAUCUCCGCAACAGCAGUGGUCUUAAAACUACUUGAAGAGUAAAAUGUUUGCAUUGGGCAAAAAGAGCAUAACUUAAAACAGGAGGAGGAUCUAGGGGAUGAGACGAAUGAUGAUGUGAGAGAUCUGAAUCGAACUCUUAUAGUGAAAGAACGGCAAAGCAAUGAAGAGCUACAAGAAGCUCGUAACAUGCUAAUUAGGGGUUUGUCAGAUGUUUUGAGUGAUCAAACUGAUAUUGUGAUAAAGAGAAUGGGAGAAAUAGAUGAGAAGCCAUUUCUCAGUACCUUCAAGAGAAGAUACCCAGCCGAUGAUCAAGUGAUGGUAAAGGCCGCUAAGUUCCACUCUACGUGGCAGGAUAACUUGAGAAAGCCUGACUGGCAUCCUUUUAAACUUGUCAUUGACAUUGACGGAGAAAAUCCCCAAGAAGUAGUGGACGAAGAUGACAAGAAGUUAAAAUCUUUGAAGAAAGGUUGGGGGGUCGAAAUAUAUAACGCUGUUACUACAGCGUUGAAGGAGAUGAAUGAAUAUAAUCCAAGUGGAAGAUAUGUGGUUCCUGAGCUUUGGCUUUUGAAAGAAAACAGAAAAGCCAGUCUGAAAGAGUGUCAGGUCUUGCAAGUUGCUCGGGGAAGUGAGGAUGCAUGUGUAGAGAUGUCAUCUUGGAGCUGUGUUUAUUGCAUUCAAGUUUCCUUUUGGUUAUGUAAAACUGAAUGUUUCCUUCUGCUUAAUUAUGUGAAGAUGUAACUAUAUCCACGACGGUGUGUACGAGUGCCACACAGAAGACUUCUAAAGAUGAACUAGUUUUUGGUAUGGCUUGUCAAACUUUUUGCGGUCAUCGAUCUGCUUUUGAUGUACAGUUAACUCAGUUUAAUUGUAAAAACUAUUAGUAGAACUUCUUUUGGGUUUAGAGUUUAGACCUUUCUACUUUGCAGUUAAUGUUUUGUUGUUGGUUUUUUUUUUUUUUUUUUAACCUUGUUUAGACAUUUUGAGUUGCUUGGUUGAAGUAUAACAUAAGGGCACUAUUGAUUUUUCAUACUCUUAAGUAACUUUGUCACAAUUGAGUUUAGGAAAUGUCAAAAUAAUAAAUGUUGAAAGGUUGUAAAAUAUUAAUAUUGUCCAAAU